GGAAGGACACCUGCCGCUCCCUCAUGAUUCAGCCUUUCUGCUGCCGGGAGCUUGACGGCCGGACGAGGCAGCAUGUCCCUCCUGCCACUGCAGUGCCUGCUCGUCCUCUCCUUUACACUUUUGCCACUGCAGUCGCGGCCGGCCCACCGCCACGCCGUCUCCGUCAUCCAAGUGCUCAGUAUAUCUGAAAAUCUCAAUUUUAUACAUUGCUUUGAGAGUAUGGAACUCCAUUAAAAGGCUGUCCAGACAAGGUCAGAAUCACUACCAAGAGCGUUAUCGCACUUUACCUUCCCCGGCUGGCUUCUCUGCGUAAUGGACAACAUACUUAAAGUGACCGGUGGCGGACAGCUGCUCUGUGAUGCUCUGAGUUAAGCCGUUCAGAGAUCCGGCGUCCGGCGGUUGCAAAACGACAGGAUGACUGAGGGAAUGGAGGAUGUUUCCGCUGGGCCCGCUCGCUCGCCCGACUCGACCGUUGAUACUGGACAAGUCCCGAAGGAGAAACCCGAGGAGACGGAGGUAGCUGGAGAGAACGGGCAAGAGGUUGCAGAGGUAACUCCAGCGGGAGGAGAAGAUGAUGAUGAUGAGGAUGAUGGUGCCAGUGGCGGCGGUGAGGGGGAGCAUCCUGAAGCUCUGGGAGUUAUAGCUUUGCCCGGGACCUGCUGUGUGUGCAUAGAAAUGGAACAUAUUAGCAAUUGCCUGCAUUCUGAAAAAAUCUGCAUCUUGCCCAUCGUAGCCUGUUUACUCAGUUUAGCUCUGUGCACAGCUGGACUCAAAUGGGUAUUUGCAGAUAAGAUCUUUGAGUACGACCCCCCCACUCAUUCAGACCCUAAACCCAUAGGACAGGACCCUAUUAUCAUAUCGGCGGAUCCCACACUGGGAAUACCUGUGUCAAUUCCUCAGUCGCCUCCCCCUGCCGUUUCUCUGACCACUGCUGUUUCUCUAACCUCGGUGCGUCCUGAGGUUUUAAACGUGGAGACAUCUACAAAAGGUUCAAAUGUGCCUACACGAGGAACUCUAUCAGAGCCCUCUGUCACGUUGAAAUCCACCGCCGAACUUCCCACCAUUCCAAAGCAGACCCCUCACCGUCUGACUACGCAGGAAGUGAAAAACGUUGCCGUCCCAACAAUACCUUCCACCAGCAGCACCACCACCAGAGUCAAGACCUCCAGUCAUGUGACACGCUGUAAUGACAGCCAGAAGAACUACUGCGUUAAUGGAGGAGAGUGCUUUACCCUUGAACUACCAGGCAGCACAAAGUUCUUGUGCAGGUGCUUGACCGGAUUCACUGGGCACCGAUGUGAACAAGCUGUGCUUAAGAAAGUCUCGAUCCCGAAACAAGCCGAGGAGCUGUAUCAGAAACGUAUUUUAACGAUAACAGGAAUCUGCAUUGCGCUCCUAGUCGUUGGAAUCAUGUGUGUGGUUGCCUACUGCAAAACAAAGCAGCAGAGGAAAAAACUCCACGAGCGCCUCAGGCAGAACCUGAGGAAGAAGAAGAACAAGCUGGAAAAAUCAGCCAGCAGACGCCAGGUCUCCAAUUUGCCUCUUCAAGAUUUGCUGCAAACCAAUCAGUGCAAUGGGACAACAGUUCAGCAUGCAGCUGAGAAAGAGACGGAAACAACAUUCUCCACAAGCAAGUACGCCUUAUCAACAGCAGACCCUACCACACUCACCCACAUCUCCAGCCAAAGCCCUGUGGCAACUUCAGGCUCUCCUCCGUCAGAGAUGUCAGCUCUUCUCUCCACCCAGGCCAUCUCCGUGCCCUCGGUAGCCGUCAGCCCCUUGAGAGAGGAGAGGCACCCUUUGCUGUUGACUAAGACGUGUCGGCCAACCAAGUCUUUGAGGGGAGACGAUACCUCCGCACAUUACAACCACGGCCAUGAAGCGCACAGCUUACCGCCCAGCCCGCUGUGUGCCACGAGGAAUGAUAACUACCAUGUCACUACUGCAGCGAGCCGUAUCAUCUCAGCAUCCACGGAGAAGCUAAUGAAUACAAACAACAAUAUUAAUAACUACAGCACCACAGGGGCCACAGUUGUUAACGGCCAUGUUCUGCAACAAAAAGAGUCCAGUAUUGACAGCAUACUGGAAAGUGAAACAGAGAUUCUAAAAGGGGAUCAGACGCCUUUUUUUUUUUCUAGAGAAAAGGCUAAAGCCCUGCUCGUCAGGCUUAAGGACAGCGGUUAGACUAAGGUGGUAUCACUUGAACGGUGACCUGCAACUCAUGUCACCAAGUGCCACCACUCAACAAGAACUCUGUAAAAAAAAUAAUAAUAAUUAUAAUGAAAAAAAAAAAAUGCUUGUUUAGGAAAAAAUAGUCACUAAUUAUCUUUAUUUUAGAUAAAUUUACCGUGUAAAGACACCUAAUGAUGUAGUGAACAUAGAGUUUUAUAAAUUAAAAAAACUUGUCUUGUAGAUGAAGUGCCAUACACAAGUAUGUAGCAGCUGCGUAUAUUAGCGUGUAAAAAAAAAAAAAACAAUGGUGCCUUUCUGUUGGGUAUGCUUGCAUACAGGGCCAUAUAUUCACCAUCUUAAUGUUCUCAUCAAGAAUCAUGCACUGGCUGCCUUUCAAUGUGUCAUCGUUUGACCGACAUGACAGUUUGGUACCAAAGUUCGAAGUGCAUGCUACAUCCUCAAAUGCUGUCCUGGAAACUCAAGCUGUUUAUGUCUUCUAGCCAUCUCACCUGCCCGGUCAAUUAUCAGAUGUCCGUCAUUCGGAAUGAAAUAUGGGACUGCAACACCGACUGGACUGAUGUUAAAUGAAUACAUGUUAGUAAUUGCAGAAUGAGUAAAUAAGCCAGAAAUAACGGUUGCAUCUGUGGAUGGAAUACACUACUGAUGACACAUACAAGCUAAUAUCCUGCUGGAGGAAAAGAAAAAAAAGAAUACUAUCAGUACAAUCUGCCUUUUAGAAAUCACAAAUAGGUUUUCUUUACCCUCGAUUUCAACCAUUCGAGAACUAUGAUCACAUUCAGAUAUAUGGAAAAUGAUUAUUCAGUUUUACUAAAAGCCUCUUUGAGGAAAUAUGUUGUUUGUUCUAAUGAUAA